AUGCUCGACCAGGGAACAAACAACCUCGAAGACCUGCCGUGCGGACUAGAAGCUUUGUUGUUCGUCAUUUACGGUGCCGCAGUUCAUUCCAUGGACGACGAUGCAUGCACCAUGAGGCUCGGCGAAGCUAGAAAUACCCUACAAAGGAGAUAUCGCUAUGCGGCCAGAAAAGCCCUUGCUAGAGCCAGGUUUGUCAGCACUUCGGAGCUUAUAGUGCUCCAAGCGUUUACUCUCCACCUUCUGACCAUGCGUGAGUUCCAUGACUCACGAACAACUUGGAUCUUUGCAGGAGUCGCGGCCCGCAUUGCGCAAGUGAUCGGUAUUCAUGUAGACGGGACUGACCUUGGAUUGUCACCAUUCGAAACCGAGAUGCGCCGGCGACUCUGGUGGCAAAUCGCAAUCCUCGAAUCUCGCUCAGCAGAGCUGACAGGAUCACGAAGAUCCAGUAAUAUCGAACUAUCCAAUGUGCAGCUUCCUACCAAUGUGGAAGAUGCUGACAUAUGGCCGGAAAUGUCUACGGCUGUUACAGCCCGGGUGAAGCCGACCGAGUCAAUCGCGUGUCUUAUUCGCUACGAACUGGUUGCCUUCUGGGACGCAAGAAGUGCUGGACUUUCAAGCCUAGUGGCCGAUCACAUAUCGAUUAGUUUGCCGUCGGCGGCCGCCUUGAAACAAAGCGAUUCCAUGAUCGAUGAGCUCGAACAACUACUGGAAGGAAAGUACUUGAGAUAUUGCGACCCUGCCACUCCAAUACAACUCUUGGCAAUUAUCAUCGCGAGGUCCGCCAUCAACGUCUACCGAUUAAAAGCCCACCAUCCUCGGAGGUAUCCAAGGAACACGGUCGUGCCUGACAAGGAGCGAGAACUUCUCUGGCGCCUUUGCAUCAAGCUCCUUGAGCACGACAAUUUGGCACAUUCCUCUCGACAAAUACGGAGAUUCAUGUGGCAUUCCAAGGUGUACUUUCAAUGGCAAGCCAUCAUCUAUCUUUUGGGGGAGCUGAGAAACCACACGCUCGGGCCGAAGGUGGAGUACGCAUGGCAACAGAUCGAAGAUGUGUUCUAUCACCACCCGAACUUUAUCACUGACUGGAAGAAGCCAUUGCAUGUCGCUGUGGGGAGACUGUGUCUCAAGGCCUUCCGUGCACGGGAAGCAGCACUACGCGAUCUCCCGAACCGGUCACAUUCCAUGGCGACUCCAAAGUUCAUCACGCAAUUGCGAGCGCAGCCCGGUAACGGCAGCCUCCCAGGCUCUCGACGGACACCGCCAGUCCCUACGACCACGAGCGCACCUUUGGAGUUGCUACCGACGCUUGUGCAACCACGGACGGUGUCCAACCGCAAUGAAAUUCGAGCUCGGCUCUCGACGCCGUCAAAUUUGACACCGCACCAGACCUCCACUGCCAUCCGCCCAGACGAGACCGACGAAAACUGCUUAUUGGACUGGACUUUUGCAGAUGACUUGGGCAUGACGGAUCUCCCAAUCGACUGGGCCCUGUGGGAUAGCAUGAUCGAGGACUCCAAUGUGCAACAGGCGUAG